UGAAACGGUUUGUAGACGUACGUUUAUCGGGAGACGCUAUAAGGGGAGCCUCCUCCGAAUCCGCUGGUACACUUGGUGGUGGACGACGCCUCUCUUUCGAGAUCUGCGUACUCUCUCACCAUCUUCUAUCUAUCGCACAGCUCAUCCGUACCUCACUUCUCUCUCUCUUCCGCCUCUUUUGGAAACCCUAGCUUUGCUCAUAUAGAUCUGAUCUUUUUGCCAGAUUGAUGGACUCUAACGCUAUGGAGACCUAUAGAUACGUAUAAACUGACUUCUCCUCAACAUUAUUAAUUAAAAAGUACAGAUCCAAAGAUGGGGCUGUCCUUCACCAAGCUUCUUAGUCGCAUGUUUGCUAAAAAAGAAAUGCGUAUUCUAAUGGUUGGUCUUGAUGCUGCUGGUAAAACCACAAUUUUGUACAAGCUCAAGUUGGGUGAAAUUGUGACCACUAUUCCUACCAUUGGAUUCAAUGUGGAGACUGUUGAAUACAAGAACAUCAGCUUUACUGUAUGGGAUGUUGGUGGUCAGGACAAGAUCCGGCCUUUGUGGAGGCACUACUUCCAAAACACACAAGGGCUUAUCUUUGUGGUUGAUAGCAAUGACCGAGACCGUGUAGUUGAGGCAAGAGAUGAGCUCCACAGAAUGUUAAAUGAGGAUGAAUUAAGAGAUGCUGUCCUGCUUGUUUUUGCAAACAAGCAAGAUCUUCCGAAUGCAAUGAAUGCUGCUGAAAUCACUGAUAAGCUUGGCCUCCAUUCUCUUCGACAGCGCCACUGGUACAUACAAAGUACAUGUGCCACAUCCGGAGAAGGGCUGUAUGAGGGACUGGACUGGCUAUCAAACAACAUUGCAAACAAGGCUUAGCAGGCUGAACUUUCUCAGGAGCAUGAUUACAUUUGUUAUUAUUAUUAUUAUUAUUACUUUUGUUCUCCUAGCUUGUAAUUUUCUUAUUAUUGUGGAAAAACAAGAUGAUUUGUUAUUUUUGUUUGGUGUCAAUUUUUUUUUUUUUUGGGUUUUAAGAAAGGGGGAAAAUGAAAAUUGAUAUGGAAACUUGUUUGUCAAAUUGUUCCGCAUAGUUUACAGGGGGUGCACAUGCUAUUUUUCUAUCUGA